AUGUUUAAUAUCAUUGAUUUUCCUAAUGAGAUAUUGUCUGAUAUAUUUUUAUAUAUUAAAUAUUCGAAAAAUUCAAUAAUUGCUUGUAAAUGUUUUUCUAGAAUCAUUACUGCUCCGGUGUUUAAAACAAAAUGGUUCAUCCUUUAUCAUGAAUCAUUUUCAUAUAGUGAUGUACUUCGAUUAGGGUUUAAUUUUUUUGAUAUAGAAGUCAUAAAGUUACUCAUAGGAAAAAAAGAUCUCUUUAUUAUUCAUGAUAUUAUGGAUAUCGCAUUAUGUAUUGCUAUUGAUUUACAUAAGACACAAUCUGAUAAGAAUCGAGUACUUUCAUUAGAGAUUUUUACACUUAUCGAUUGUAAACAUUGGAUAGGAUAUUAUCAUGAACAAAGAUAUGGUAGACUUAAAAUUAAUAAAGAAAAGGCGAUAGAAUAUUUUAGAUUAUCUGCAUAUGAAGAAAAUAAUUCGGAUGUGAUAUAUCGAUAUGCUGGAUAUAUUAUAAACACAAAUAAAAAUAAAGAAAAACUCGAAAGGGAUAAAUGUAAAGAGAUCACUGAUUUAUUCAGAAAAUCUGCAGAUUUAGAACAUAUCGAUUCUUGUUAUAUUUACAGAUAUAUUUUAUAUGAGGGAAAAUAUGGUAAUAAGAAAGAUACUUUAAAGGGUUAUAAAUAUUUAAAAUCCGCAGCUUUAAAAGAUAAAUAUUUUCUUAUUCAAGCAAAAUGUUAUAGUAAAUAUACAGAUUUUUUAUAUGAUAAAUAUGUAGAAUUUAUAAAAGAUUUAAAGGAGCAACCCAAAGAAUAUAUUGGUAUUUUUCUUGUAGGAACAUAUUCGAAAUAUUCAGUUUUGAAAAAAAAACAAAAGAGUAUUGCUGAAACGUUAAAAGAAGAGACAAAGGAUAUAUUGAAUGAUUCUGGACAUAAAAUUAUUAUAUGUGAUGAUUAUGAAUUAAUAGAUAUUAUAAAAAAUAGUACUAAUCUAAAAGAUGAAAAUAAAGAAAUUACUUCUUCUAAGUUACGAAUUUUUAAAUUAUCAGAAGAGGAGGAACAUGAGUUUUUAUUGAAAUUACAUAGUGUGAUCAAAAGAAAGGAUGAAUAUGAAAAAUUAUUAGUAUUUCUUCCUUCUAAUACUAAAUUUAGAAAAUAUGUUAUUAGAUAUGAGAUAAAGAAUGAAUUGGAAUAUUUAAAGAAGUAUGUUGAUGAUUUUGAUAUUUCUUUAAAUGUUUUUCCAAGUAAUAUUCAGGGUGUAUUUGUAGUUCCAGAAAAGUUUCAACUUGAUAUUCUUAAGCAUAUUGUAAAUAAGAAAUAUGUACAUAGAUUAUAUCUGAUAGGAAUUAAUAUUUAG